AUGAAGAAAGAUGAAGGACGUGGUGGUGAAGUGGAGGACCCGAAGACGUGGACACAAUCUCAUCACCUGUCGUGGCGAGAGAGUGGUCAGUCUCCUCUCAAGCUGAACAUCCGCAUCCUGAGCUUCUUUGGACAGUGGCCCUUGAGCGGCUUCUGGCUAUACCGAGCCUACACCAUUCUCAGCUUGGUGUCCAUAGCGAUCCCGUUGGCCAUGAGCGUCGUGGGCACGUGCCUCCUGGAGGGCUUGGAGGAAGUCACCUCCGCCCUGACGGCAUUCCUACCGAUGGUCACCGGCUUGACGACGGCGCUGCUCCUCCUGGGCUACCAGCCAGACUUCAACCGGCUCGUGCGUCGCCUCGACGCUUUGAUCCUGGAACAGGGAGGGUCCUGGGCUCAGAUAAGGUCCGUGCCUGCCUUCGAGGAGGCCCACAGGAGGACACUGGUGAUGACGGUACUGGUGAACCUCUACUUUGGGGUGGUGAGCGUUUACUGGCCGAUGGUGCCGCUACUGGAGGACUCUAAGACCAGGCGACUGCCCUUUGUCCAGCUUCCUUGGAUGAAGGCUCCAGACGCCGUUCACUACUGGUUUGUGUUCUUCCUCCAGACCUACACGACGGAAGCCGCUGGCCUCAUCACGAUCAACGUCGAGCUGUACUUCUUAGGGGUGAUGAGCCACAUCUCUGCCCAGUUUGAGAUACUAAGUACCCACCUGACCAGCAUCCAAUGCAGCAGCGAGUACAGGGAGGUUCCCUUUGGUGAGCGACAACCAGUGAUCAAAACGUCUGCAGACAUUCAUGAGGAGUUGUGUAGCUGCAUCAAGACACAUCAAAAGUUUUUGAGGUACAUACAUCUGCCAUAA